AUGUCUAUGUGUGCACGCCUGUCCACUAACUCACUUCAAGGAUGUGCAUCGGACCGCAUAUAUUCGGCGGUUGAAUGGGUACGACAACUAUUGAAAAUGUCUUCUUCGUCGUCUUUAUCAUCAUUGAGGGACAACAAUAAGGACGUACCUCCGCAAACGUAUCAUCAACUAUCCUCACAAAUUGCCAGUUUAAAUUUACCUAUCACUAAUAGAAUUUCUUCCUUUUCUUCUACAGACUUAUCAAUAUCAACAACGACAACAACAAUAACAACAACAACAACAACAACAACAACAACAGGAGAAGCAACAGGAUCAACAGUAUCUGUAUUUGGAAUAAGAAGUGAAAUUGAAGCAGAAGCGAUAAUUGGAAGUGGAAUAGGCUCAACAUUACUACCAUCAUCAUCAUCCUUAUCAACAGGAGUAACAACAGCAAUAGAAUAUAUGGAUAUGGAUCAAAAACCACCAACAUUUCAAGAUUAUGGUACAACAAGUUCUGGACAACAGCAACAACAACAACCUCAACAGCAGCCACAACAACAACCGCCACAAUCACAACCAUUACCACCACCACCACCACCUCCACCACCAUUACCACCACAAUCACUUUAUAGUGUUGGACCAUCGAAUUGUUACAAUCCAUUACAAUCAUCAACUAGUACAGCCGGUAGUAGUCAUGAUUUUACACGUGGAACUGCUGCGCCAAUGUCAUCAUAUUUUUAUCAGAAUUCAUUUCCAACGUCAGCAUCAGCAGCAGUUGCUGUAGCUGCAGCUGCAACCGUAUCCGGUACACCAUAUGGUACCGGAGCAUCCGGUGCCGCUUCACAUUUUAUGUAUCAUCAACAGUCAGCUAGCUCACCGGAAGAGCAUUCAACAAAAAUAAUCGAAGGUGGCGAAGUUAGGAUUAAUGGCAAAGGGAAACGUGUACGAAAACCUCGAACAAUAUAUACUAGCUUGCAAUUGCAAGAAUUACAAAAAAGGUUUCAUAAAACGCAAUAUUUGGCAUUACCGGAACGAGCUGAGCUUGCUUCCAGAUUAGGACUUACUCAAACACAGGUAAAAAUAUGGUUUCAAAAUCGCCGUUCAAAGCAUAAAAAGAUGUCGAAGAAUGGAUUUAGUAAUGAUCGGCAGGGAACAGAUGAUGAGGAAGGUGAAGAAGAGGAAAGUAGCUCAGUUGAUGGAACAAUAGCUUCACCAGCUCAACAACAACAACAACAACAACAGCAACAGCAACAACAUCACCAACAUCAACAACAACAUCAGCAGGGUACCACAUCACCACUAUUAGAAAGUGGUUGGCCAUCAUUACAUCUUGGUGCACAUCCUGGUGCUACCGGUGGUCCAUUAUCACAUAUGGCACCAGCAUCACUACAUCAAUUACCACAUCAACAACCAACACAAUUACCUCCUUUUGAAAAAUACUGCGAACAAGUUGAUGUAAAACCAUACGUUUAUGAUCCAAUGACGGGCUAUCAAUGGCAGCAACCUAAUAGUUAUAUGCCACCUAAUUAUUAUAGUAGCAUAUGA